CCCAGAAACUGGAAAUGGAAGUAUUCUAGAAUCAACAACUCCAAAUUUUAGUCAAGAGGAAGCAUGCUCAGAUUGCGACUGCCUAUCUAGCUCUGAAACCACUUCCGGAAUUUAUAACGUCACAAUGAAGGGCCAGCAUGUCGAAGUGUAUUGUUCUUUAGAAGGAAAUUUGGCGUGGACGGUUUUUCAGAGAAUGCUUGGCGGAUCAGAAGAUUUUAGUAGGCCUUGGUCAGACUAUGUCAGAGGUUUUGGGGAUUUGUUGCAAGAAUUUUGGCUAGGGAGUGAAAUUCUUCAUGUGUUGACGACAAGUGGUAACAGUAUAUUGCGAGUAGACAUGGUUGAUCAUAAUGGGAGAAUUACUUACGCUGAAUACAGUACCUUCUUGGUUGCAAAUGCCAGCACCAACUACACAAUUACAGCAUAUGGUUACUCAGGGACGGCAGGUGAUGGCGAAGGAGCUACCUGGGACACAUGGACACAGAUAACUAAAUAUUUGAGAAAAUCAGAAAUGAAGGUCAGGAGAGACAAAUGAUCGACCAAACGGGAAAGAGAGACAGUAGAUAGGUUAACUUUGUUUGCAUCAAAAUUGGCUGCGUUGCUUGAAAAAAUUAAGUAAUAAAACGAAGAAAACAA